AGCGGUAUUACGGUACUCCAGGAACUCCGUUUGUGAGAAUCCAGAAACUGUCUAUUCGGGUAGAGCUGCUUUCCGCCUCACUUUGAAAUGUCUGCGGCGUUGAGGAAUCUGGGAAGUUUUGUGGCGCUAUGUGCAAGAACUUCUUAUAAGCCCCUUGUACAUGGAAGUUCGCCAGUGGCCCGGCUUUACGGGUCCUGCCCAAUUCGGAUCACCAAGCUGGACCACCUAGUUCUCACAGUAAAGAGUGUACCUGACACCAUAGCUUUCUACUCGUCUGUCCUUGGCAUGGAGGUCAUUACUUUCAAGGGAAACCGCAAAGCCUUGGGCUUCGGGCAGCAGAAAUUCAACCUCCAUGAAGCUGGGAAGGAGUUUGAGCCAAAAGCGCGUCACCCCACUCCAGGCUCUGUGGAUCUGUGUCUCAUCACCACAACCGCCUUAGCCACAGUGGCUGCCCAUCUUCAGGUUUGUGGUGUACCAGUGGAAGAAGGCCCAGUAGUGAGAAGCGGGGCAAUGGGCACGAUCACCUCCCUCUAUUUCCGCGACCCCGAUAACAACCUCAUCGAAGUCUCAAACUACAACGAACCUCACAAAGGGAAGGAGGCUUAGGUCACAAUCCUGUUCAUUGCCGAUUCAUUUCUCUAAUUUAUUUUUUUAUUUUUUUGAGGCUCUUUCUGUGCAGGUGUUUCUCAUUUGCAAAAAAAAAAAAAACUCUAAUUGUUCAGUUCUAGGGUGAAAUUAUACUCUGCGUGGUUGAAAAUAUGGAGUUUAUUAUGAAACUAUUAAGAGCGAUGGAAGAUUUGAUGCAGUCCGAGUGUGAAGAAGUGCUGAAUAGGCUCGGCAGUGUUGGACCUAUGUGGGUGUGAGCGGUCCACUCACGUCAGAACAGCCGCCAUUGGCCCCAGAACAGGUCGUGCUUUAGAAACGGGUUGAUAAGAUCUAGAGUCAAAGCUGAGACCUGAUUAUUGCCACCUCCGUCACUUGCUGUGGUUGCUAUUUCUAGGGUUUACGGAAAGCUCAGCUUUAUUCCAAAGUACCCUGUAUGACACCCGGCCCUGGUUCUCAUGCAAAACAAACUUUUAAUUUUGUUUAGUGUCUAUGUAAAAAACAAAACACUGAAAUAGAUCUUGAAAACAAGCUUUUUCAACUAAGAAAAUAAAUGGAUGGGUUUUUUUUAAGCCUUCGCAUACCUGCUACGUACACGCUAGAGUUUUCUCUUAUCCAUGCUCUUGUCGAACAGUGCUGUGACUUUGAAUUGAAAUGCUGUAAUAAAUGCCCUUGAGUGUUUUAUUAUCA